AUGUCUUGCAAAACCACCUUCAUCCUCUUCGCAGCCCUCGCCACCUCCAUCCUCGCCCGCCCCCCAGACGUCACCUUUCUCUGCAACGAAAUGCCCGAAAUCUGCACAAACAUGUGCUGGGCCGUCCGCUGCGCUCAGCCCUCCUUCUCGCAAGUCUUUUCCCUCGAUCCCGGCGGCUACGGGCCUGGCUCGCAAAACGAGAGCACCGCCAUCUCGGCCAGCUGCCGCAUCAACAAUCUGUGCGGCAACCUCCACGGCCUCAACAAGACGGGCCAUCGCGACCAUCCUUACAGCGCUUGCAACGUCUAUCCGUUUUCCAUCUCUACAGAGGGGAGUCCGUUUUCUCCUAUCACGAUCCCUUCUGCUUCGCAAGUCUCGAGAUGUGUUCCUGAGGGAGAGCAGUGCGAGCAGCGUACCCAGCUUGAACUGCUUGCGCAGCGACUUCAAAAGCAGCAGCAGCGUGGUGGGCAGCAAGGUCUGCGUCAGCUCUCCAUCAACUUUGGCAACCCAGGAGGCGUCAAGUACUGCAACAACAACCCUUGCGUGAAUGAUGGAUUCGAGGUCCAGAACAGCUCCGUCAGGAGGCGAUCCGAGGAGCCCCUGUUCAAGUACUACAAGACAAAGUCCGGCAUAACCAUAGCCUCACUUGACGACAUUGAUAUGCCAUCUUCCAUAACUCGUCGUGUGGGCAGUGGCGAAUUAAUCCCUUCUGGAUUUCGCACUUGGUUUGAACAGUCGCGCGAGGUGACGGUGCACAUGGUGGAGGAUGCUGUCACGCAGCGUCUAUCCGCCCAACCCUUCGUGGGAUGA